UUGUGAAUGAAAACUACUUUUUCAACUUAAACGUAAGACUUGAAAUUUCUAUUUCUGAGCUAGUUGAAAGAUAACUUUGACGUAGACCAUAGAGAACUCAUAUAAUGCUCGAAUGUAUCGUCCUGUUUGUGAAGAGUUCUUAAAGACAACAAAGCGAUUCAACCAACUCCAGGAGGAAACAAACAAACUACACAUUCUUGUGAAACAGGCACUCCAAACGAAGGAUUGGAAAACUGAUGGCCCACAAAACUACUGCUCUAAGGGGUAUAGUUACGAGCAAGCUUGUAGUUUGUCAACACCUCAACCCGCAGUUGAACUCCUCUGCAAAACGCCUGAAGUGUCCUUUCAAAUGCAAGAAGUUACUCUAACGUAUGCUUUCAUUGGUUUCCAUGCUUUAACCGUGUGUCUUUUUUUAAGUACAAAGCGAGCGUGGCUUCAAAUAGGUCGUUGGAAGAUUUGUCCCAGACGGCCUAUUGUCGCAGAGUGGAGAAGCCAAAAAUCCGCCUCUAUUGCAUUUUUCUGUAGUUAUCCUGUUUGCCGAGAAUGGUCGUUAUCCUUUCUUUCUCCUCUUUCUUUGUGGAAACACAGCUUUCAAUCGAAUAACUUGUUAUGUUCACUCUAUUUUAAGAUUUCCAAACAAAAACAACAAGGUGUGGCCAAGUUUGUUGUAGUUUCUGAUGACAAACAAGACUCAUCUACAGUUCGUGAAGAAGACCUAACGACCAAUGAUAUGAAGACCACAUUGACGAAGCAGCAUGUAACAGAAUUUCUGUCUUCACUUGCGGUUUACUUUGAUGAUUCUGUAUCAGCCAUUGCUUGGAAGUUAAGUUCUUCUGAAUCAACUGAGAUUCAACAAAGAUGUCUUUCCAACAUUCCCUAUCAUCCUCUAAAUGACGCUUUAUUUUCUCUCUUUCGUGAAAGUGUUUUAGAGAUAGAGUUGACGAGAAAGCAAGCUUUAGCCAAAGGUGGCUUGGAAGGAUUUCGAUGGCAAGCUCUUUGUAAAGAUUCGUAUUGGAAAGAUAUUUGCUCCUCUGUGUUCAGUAAGCUUUGUCUGAUAGAUGACUAUAGUAUGAGAGCUGAUUCAUCUACAAGUGAAAUAGACAUCAUUGACAAAGUUAUUCUGAAGGACUGUAAAUGGCUUGCAGACUAUUUGUUGACUGAAAUCCCUCAUCUUCUUCAAGAGGAGAAGAAGAAUUUCUGUUCCCAAGUUACAGGAGAAGUGUUAGAAAAGAUAUGUAAGUUUGACCCUGGAACUUUAUCUAGUCACUUUUAAAAAAGCUUAUGUCAGUAAAAAUAUCAAGUUGAAA